AUGAAGACACUACGUGAUACGAACAAUAAUUAUAGUAGUACAAUAGGUAAUACAACUGAACAAAAUUUUCCUUCAUCUAUUUUACCAACAAAUACUCGACAAAAUACAAUUCAAUCAAAUACAUCAUUACAUCCUAAUUCAACAAUAGCAGAGUCCGAUAUUAGUACUUAUCCUUCAUUAUUAGCACAAAAUCAUAUACAACAACAAACAGUCUGUCGUAAUAAUCAUGAUCAACUAUCAUCCAAUUAUAAUACUCAACAAAUAACAUCUAAUUCAAAAUUUACAACACAAAACAACAAUAGUAUCAAUUCAAAUUCAUUUAGUUCUAUGUUUAAUGGCGAUACAAAUCAAUUAUCAUCUAUUAUUCAAGCAUAUUUAAGCAAAUUUGGUAAUAAUCAAUUGCUUCAAUCAGAUGCAAUCAAUCCAUUAUUCUAUUUACAAUUAAUGAAUACUAACACAAUGUUUAUGCAACAAUUAUUAACUAAUCAACAUAAUACUUUUUCAACACAUUAUGAUUCAAUUAAACAUAAUCAAUGUUCAGCUCCUCUAUGUAAUCAACAAAUACCAAUAUCAAAUACGGAUUUAGCAAAAGAUUUAGUAAAUUCAGGAAGAAAUUCUCAAAUAUUACAAGCCGAUUCAAAUAUAUUUGUACAUAAAACACGUCCUAUGACACAAGAUGAAAUAGCUGAACAUGCACGGUUAGUUUAUCAAAGAGCUUUACAACGAAAUCAAUUACAACAACAUAAUGAUCUUAUGAAACAUUUUUAUGAUACAUUAAAUAUUAAACAAUAUGACUCUUCAACGAAUAAUGUGAUAAAGUCAAUCAAUAAUAAUGACGUACCAAGUGUACCUAGUGUUGGGAAUAUCGCAACGAACGGUACGUUUGAUGUCUUUGAUACAAUGCUUGCAUCACCAUCAUCAUGUCUUUCAAAUAAAGAACCUAGUGUAAAUGUAGCUCUAUCAUCCUUAUCACUUGUUUCAACUGAUGAUAUUAAAAUGAUGAAUAAUAUUGGUUCAAUACUUGAUCCUAGUGCACCAGUAUUUAUUCCACGUCAAAGUCAAUCCAAAUUUCAUGAUGACGAUAACGAAACAUCAUCUUCAUCAUCGGAUUCUGAUUUUAAUGAUUUUCAUUAUCUUGAUCAAUUUCUUGAAGAAUUUUAUAAUUCAGAUAAUGAAAAUGAUAAUCAUUUAAUUACUCAAAGAACUUCAUCAUCUGAAGCAAAGAAUAUUGGUGAUGAGUUUUCAAAUAAUAACAACAAUAAUAAGUAUAAUAUCAAUAAUAAUAUACUCGGUCAAGGCGAUGCUAUUCAACAAUUAACUUGUGAAACAACCAAUGAAAUCCUCGAACAAUCCUUAUCAACAACGAUCGAAAAAUCAGAAUGUCAAUAUUCAAUUUAUGAAUUACUUAAUCGAUAUCGUAAUCCUCGUUGUCAUUUGGUUCUACCUGAAUGGUCACGUUUAUCAUUAAUUCUUCCUAAUGUAUGUUCUAUGCGUGCUCAUACAUAUAAAAUUAAACGAUAUUUUGCUUAUCGUCGUCGAUUACAUGAAGAUCAAGAUUUAAGUAAAGAUCUUAAUGUUUCAAUAACAACAAAUAUCUCUGUUCAAGGAUAA